GAGCACUGGAAUUUGGCUAUGUUUAGAAUGUCUGAUAAUAUCAGGUACAAAAUAAUGAACGGAAGAGAUUGACAGGAAAAGGAUACAGUAUUACGUAAUAUAGGACGCCGCCACAGAAAUAGACUCCAUGUCUCAUUGUACAGUAGUACAGAACCAUACAGAGAGGGUUCAAAUGUUUCAUGAAAGGUUUGCAUAUUUUGAUAGCGAUUCAAACCUUCGGUAAACUAAAUGGCGCAGAGUCAAGAGAGUUAAGAGACGGAAGAGCAGCUACUGCUGUGGAUACAUUCUCUUCAUUGUAAAAUCUAAAUGGCUCUGCAGAUGUGAUGGAAACACAGCACAUCCUGGUCUGGUGUAUUUGUCUGAUCCUGGCCCUCUUGCCGCACCUCCACCAGUGCCUGUCAGUGCAUUUCCAGAACAAGGAUCUCCUUUAUGUGGCUCUGGGGAGAGACCUGGUCCUGCAGACCCAGUUCCAGAUUACACCAACAGAGAAGAUCGUCAUGGUGAUUUGGGACUACAAGACUGAGAAGGGUCAGGGACAGGUCAGGCUGGCCGAUCACCAAGAUUCACCUGGCAAUCCAAUAGACCAGAAGGGGGCCUUAUUUAGGGUGGAGAAUAUAAGUUCAUCUAACUAUGGAGUCUACAUCAUCACUGUGACUAACCAGAUGGGGAACGAGGAAGCAGCAAAGAUACUUGUUAGAGAGAGUGUUGCUGCUCCUGUGGCGUCUCUGUCCCUCCAGUGUGAGGUGGCUAAUGACAGGGCACAGUGGGACAGCCCAGUGGUUUCCUGGUUGGUGGAUGGGGUAGAGGUCUCCAAUCAGACAGCCAAUCUCUCUGCAGAUGGCAGGAACCUAUACAUGUCUGGAAUGAAGGGCCACAACUACACAUGUGUGGUCAACAGCAGCCUGGGGACUAGUGUUACACACUACAUCACUGAUUCUCCUACACCAUCCCAAAGUAACCAAUCCUGUGAGACUUGGUGUGUUGUAAUAUUGGCCACCAUCGUCAUCAUCAUCAUCAUCAUCAUAGUGAUUCUAAUGAAAUGUGGAUGUCUCUCCUGGAGAUGCAAACAGCGGAGGACGAAUGGGAUUAUAUGACUUUAGGAGGUCCCUCGCGUUCCAUUAUCAGUCGUAUGACAUUUUGUUACACACUGAACGAUCACACAAGUCUUUGGCACAGAUGGGCACCUGCGGAGAUGGUAUGAUAUGAGAAGUUUAAAUGUAAUAUUCUAUUGCAGCAUGUCACUCUGCCAGACACCAAUGAUCAUUCCUAUUAAGAGAUGUGGCCCUAUUCCGCAUCAAUAAAAUAUAUUGAUAUGCCUUUUUAUCAAAUUAAAUUGUAUUUGUCACAUGUUUAGCAGAUGUUAUUGUGGGUAUAGUGAAAUGCUUGUUAUUGGUGUAUUUGUAUGCUGAUUUGUGGUAUUUGAUGCAGUGUCUACACGUAUAUUUUGACUUAUUAUAUCUUUGUAUCUUUUUGUUAAGUACUGUAUGCCAUCACAUGUAUAAGUUAAAGUUAAACCUAAACCUACAAUUGUGAUGCCUAUGUAUGAUAUAAAGCAAAUGGAAAAAUGCACACUUUGCUACAAACUCAGCAAGAAAAUAAACCUCCUCUCACUGUCAA